AUGGCGGAAGGAAAUUUGGCCAAAACAACCAACAGAGAAAACCGAGAAUCCAAUAACGCCCAUUCUGAGUCGAUUAAAGUGAAGCAAAAACACUCGCAAGCGAGUAAAGGCCAGGAAUCGAUAAGCCUCAAAACACCGAAGGGAACCCGCGACUAUGGACCAGCCGAAGCGGUCCUCCGGCAGCGCUUGCUGGACCGGGUGAUCCGAGUGUUCCGACGACAUGGAGCAGUCACCCUAGAUACACCUGUAUUCGAGCUACGCAAUGUGUUAACCGGUAAGUACGGCGACGACUCGAAGCUGAUCUACGAACUGAAGGACCAGGGUGGCGAGCCGUUAGCCUUACGCUACGAUCUCACCGUACCGUUUGCGCGAUACAUUGCCAUGAACAACGUGCGUCAGAUCAAGCGCUACCACAUCGCAAAGGUGUACCGGCGUGACAACCCGCAGGUAAUGCGUGGCCGCUAUCGGGAGUUCUACCAGUGUGACUUCGACAUUGCCGGCACGUACGACCCGAUGCUGCCGGACGCCGAGUGCAUCAAGGUCGUUGCAGAAAUACUGACGGAGUUGGACGUUGGUGAUUUUACCGUCAAGCUCAACCACCGCCGCCUACUAGAUGGCGUGUUCGAAGUGUGCGGUGUACCGAAAGACAAGUUCCGUACGGUGUGUUCCUCGAUUGACAAACUGGACAAGAUGUCGUGGGACGCGGUGCGCCGUGAGAUGAUCGAUGAGAAAGGUCUGGAUGAGCGCACGGUUGAAGAGAUCGGGUGUUAUGUGUCGGAAAGCGGAGGGAUAGACCUCGUGGAUCGUUUGUCGAGCGACGUUCAGCUUACUGUCAACGAAGGAGCAAUGCAAGCACUGACGGAUAUCCGUCUCUUGCUACAGUACUGUGCGAUCUUCAAGGUAUCCGAACGGAUAUCGUUUGAUUUAAGGCUGGCUCGGGGGCUUGACUACUACACGGGCGUUAUCUUCGAGGCAGUGUUGAAAGAAACAGCGGAGGAAGUUGGAUCCGUAGCCGGUGGUGGCCGAUACGACGAUUUGGCCGGCAUGUUUAAUCCCAAGCGCACGAAAGUCCCAUGCGUUGGUGUAUCGAUCGGGAUUGAGCGACUCUUUUCGAUCCAAGACAACCGUACGAUGGUCGGUAAAUAUACGCGAACAAACGAAACGGAAGUGUUUGUAGCGUCGGCCCACCGCGGGAUACAUUUGAGACGACUCGAGAUCCUUAACCAACUAUGGUCCGCAGGCAUUAAGGCCGAACACUCGUACAAGCAGAACCCGAAACUGUUGGCACAGCUGCAACACUGCGAAGAGCGGCAGAUCCCGCUGGCCAUUAUUGUUGGUGAAGGCGAGUUGGCGCGCGGUAUGGUAAAGGUUCGCGAAAUUGGUAGCCGGAAGGAAGAAGACAUUGGGCUCGAUACACUGAUCGAAGAGAUCCGGAAAAAGUUAACCGCAUUAAAUGUGACGGAAUAA